AUGUUGUCUCUAACUGCCAGUCUUCUCUUGAUCGGCGGUUUCUUCCAGGGAGUCGUGUCAACAGCCCGCAUCUUGCCUCGCGAUGGACGGUUUCCAGCAUUGCCUUAUGCGGAUGACACUACCAAGUACUGCGUUUGGUGGCUCGACUACGAGUCUGUCGGAUCAUGUGUGGAUAUGCUUGAGGCCAACUACAUCAACCUUGAGGAGUUUCGUCGAUGGAACCCUUCUGUAAACGCAGACUGUGGCAACCUGGUUGUCGGAAAGUCGUACUGUGUUGAGACCGCCGAUGAGCCGGCAGCCUCUGAUCCAGCUCCAGCUCCAGCUCCAGCUCCAGCUUCGAGUUCUACUUCAUCUGUACAAUCGUCAGCUGUGCCCACGCCCUCGACAUUCACAACCUCGUCACAGCCUGUAAUCACAAGUUCUGCAAGCAAGUCAACGCCACCAUUAACGACCACAACCACAAGCGCCGGAAAUGGAGUGGAAACUCCUCAGCCCACCCAGCCCGGCAUGGUAAGAGAUACAUGUAUGAAAUGCAUAUGA